GUCUUAAAAAAACAAUUAAAUGUCUUGACUAUCUGCUUACUUUUGCACAAAGCUCUAUUAAGCAAACAUUGUCAUUUUUACACAUAUUGAUAUUAGACGUUGUGCAUUUAAAUAAACUACUAGAUUUUUGCAUAGCUUUGCAAAAUGAGAGCAAUCAAAGUCUUAAUCUUCACCGUUUUAGUGGUGGGUGUGUCCGCACUGGAUAAAGUUACAGCACCCAGUAGAGACCUUUUCAUCGGAGAUUUUGAAUCGUUUACAUGUGAGACGUCUUCUGGUCCAAAUUUGAAAUGGGUGUACAAGUUUAAGGACUCGAUGGAUGAAGUUUUAGACUCAGACAUUCUUCGGGACAAACGGAUCAGUGAACAUGAGUCUUUCAUUCGAAAGAGUCUGAUUCGUGUUCCGCGUGCACUUGAAAGUAUUUCUUGUUAUGACGCAACAAAACAUAGUGAAGUAGGCAAUGCGCCUGUAUCUGUUAAUGACUUUAACGAUGUCGAUAUACUUGACGAUCCGACUUGCCAAGAUGUCCCCAAAAUUACACUAGUUCGAUGGAACCAAUUUUCAAACAAUCAUAUUUGGUUGAAUCAUUACGUAACUAAUGAAGAUGUUCGUCUUGAAGGAAUUCGUGGGAUAAAACUCACUUGCAUGUCUAACAUGAAAGUGAACUGGACCAUUUCGCAUAAAACAUUGAGAGAAUUCAGAUACUGGACUUCAUCAGGGAAGGAAUGUUACUUUGCUUCUUUGGUCUUGAGCCCCAUCAAUCCCACCUCGGCUCAAAAGUUCAUUUGUACUGGAAAUGAUAAAGAUCAUGUCAAGAAGGAAUCAAGUGUAAAUAUUAUUUUGCCUCCAACGAGAUAUGCUGACGAGACCGUCUUGGACUUCAACAAGACGCAGGAAUGCAUCGAGUAUUUGGGAACGACCGUUUUUGGGAGUCAAACGUUGGCGUGGAGCACGGCAGGGAGUUCAAUGUUAUCUAUCGGCAUGAUGGUGGGAAUUGUCUUCCUAAAGAAGCAACUGGAAAAGCAGAAGACAAAUAAUAACUCAGGUGGUGCACAGCCCGUACCCGCAUAAUAACUAAAGAAAGAUCCAUAUCACACAAAAUUUCCGUUAUAAAAAGUACAUACUUCAUAUUUGGAUAAAGUUUGAUCAAUAAAGCUACAUUUUCUUAAAACAUGCUA